CGCAAGGUUAUCAAUUAUAACUCCAAGUUAUCUUAUCUGGAACAGACAUAUGAAAGGGUUCGCUCUCAACCACACACACAGACACACACACCUCUUAGGAAAAUGGAUGACGUUAAACUUCGGUUUGAGCCAAUGACGGAUGAGCUAAGUGUGCAGCUACGGAUGUUCUCCCAGGAUGCGAUACCUGUCGGUGAGGUAAGGGUCUAUCCCACCGGCUCAGUCCUUACCAGGGCUUACCAAGAUUACGCUCAGCAGAUCCUGGAUAUGGAAGUGAGGCAAGAUGAUAUCUGGGUACUCUCUUUCCCUAAAUGUGGAACUACAUGGACUCAAGAAAUGGUAUGGCUGUUAAAAAACAACCUUGAUUAUGAAAAAGCUAAAUCUUCCUUUUUACACCUAAGAUUUCCUUUCUUAGAGUUUAAACCUUUGUGUGGAGACCUACUGGCAGAAAGAACCCCUGAUUACUUCCAACAGAUAAAAGAGACACCUUCACCUCGAUUCAUCAAGAGCCAUCUACCUUUAGAACUGCUUCCAAAGCAGAUAUGGACAAAGAAACCUAAACUUAUAUACGUGUUCAGAAACCCUAAGGAUGCUGCCAUAUCAUACUUCCAUCACGCCAAGAUCUGGAACAACUACAAGGGUCCAUUGGAACUUUUUCUUGAGGGUUUUAUUCAAGAUAAAGCUAUUUACAGUCCAUUUUGGGAACAUGUUCUAUCAUUUUGGAAGAUCAGAAAUGAACCUCACAUUCUCUUCAAUACUUAUGAGGAAAUGAAAAAGGACCUACGCUCAGUAGUCAGAAGGACUACAGAGUUCCUGGAAGAGAGCUACAACGAGGAGCAAGAGAGAAUUCUAAUAGAACAUCUCAGCUUUUCCAACAUGAGAGACAAUAAGGCAGUCAAUUAUGCUGAUGUAACACAGGGUAAGGACAUGGCAUUCAUGAGGCAAGGUGAAACAGAGGCUUGGAAAAAAGAGAUGAGCCCUCAGUUUGCCAAAAGAUUUGAAGAAUGGACUGCCAAUAAACUCAAAGGCACAGACUUCCCUUUGCCAAGUUAAAUUAGGACACUUAAGUAACUCUGCUGUUGUAUGUUUUCAGAUAGUUAUAUGUAGUUCACUAUAUCUUGAAAAUCUAUAGAGGAAUCAACUAAAUUAACCCUAGACAUUUGUAUUAAAUGGGAUUAAUGACAUAUAUCCAAUUAUAGUAUUAGAUGUAUGGAUAAGAGAAUUAACUCCCUGUGGCACGAACUGUAUUUCUAACAAAUGAAGAUGGCCUCAUUUUGGCAUAAUUGGGAUAUCCAGCUAAUGAACCUACCUACUCUUAUGUUUGUCAUAAUACAUAAAUGUAUCAACAUGAGUAAUAAAUCAUUACCAACGUUUAAACUAGGAACACUUAAAUAAGUACACAUAACGUAGCUAUGGUUGGUAAGGGUUGAUUCAAUUGGAUUUGAGUUUACCUACAGUUCACUAUCCUUUAAUUGCAGCAUCUGGUGUCUGACACUAAAAUAAAACCGGAGCUAAACUCAAAAUUCAACUUGGUACAUCUUUCCUUUUUUUAUUGUCAUUCAUGCCAUGACAACAGCAAUUGUUGAAAAUCUGAUUUGUCUUUGUUACAAUUCACUCCAUUAUGCCAAAAUACAAUAUGUUUGGUUAUUUGGUAGGAGGGGUUGCCUUUUAUCUUGGUGUAUGUUUUAUUUUUUUCUAUAUUUGUAAUGUUUUCUCACUAUUUCAUGUUGCAAUUUUACUUGGUGAAUUAAAUUAAUAAAGGUUUUUUAAUAAAUAAAUGUUUGUUUUUGCAUGUAUACAAUAUAACAGUGUGCUUUAACUUUAGUAAUAUUGCCUCACUGUACUGUUUUACAAAAUAUAAUUAUUGUUAAUUAUUUACAUCUUUAUCAUUUUAAAUAGUAAUUAUUAGCUGUAGGUCAAUUUUAUAGAUGUACAAUUCAAAAUUGUAUGGCUUUAUUUUGGUACACAUUUUUAUAUUUAGUUCUACAUAUUAAAUAAAAGAAAAACUUUUUAAUUUUAAAAAUUUUACAAACUACAAAAUUUGGUUGUUUAUGGUAUUUUUCUUCUCACAAAUAAUGAUUUCUAAGCUGAAAAUAUAUGUAUACUGCAUUGUUUAAUAUCAGCAACCAUGUGUGAGUAUGUAUAAUAUUGUAGUGAGUACCUAUAUUAUAAAACUUAAAUAGAUCACAUGUGUGUCAGCAUGAUCUAUCGUCACAGAGGUAUAUCCAAACCACAUAGCCAUUCAAGUCCUCCAUUUUCCAGAUUCUUUAGACCAACUGUCUCCAAGAUAUAAACACAGAAAGCAGUUGUUGAAUAGGUGUUAUACAGUCUGAGGUGUUAACUCCACAAUCUCAUAACUGAUCAAGUAAUACUAUAUUCAAACCUCCAUGAACUACAUCUGCCAAUCCCAAUUUAAAAAUUGGUGCACAAGACUAUUCCCUCCAAGAACGAUUCAAACCAACCGAUGCGUCAGUCUUAUCUGCAAUCAGUAGCUUUUUCCUACCAUUUGAAAUAUCCCAGGAUGAUGCCCAGUUGGCAAUAGGCGAGAAGAUCUUCGCUUUCAGCUGUACGGAGAGAUGGUCCACAUUAUCUUAACCCAACUUCCUUGAUGGAGGAGAUUCCAUAAAAUGGGUAGGUCAGAAGUGGACAUAAUCUUCCUAAACUUUCAAAGACGUUUUAAUUGGCUAUAUGUUAGUCAUUUUGACGUUUAACAUUACAUUACUGAGGCAAAGUAGAAAGGUUACCAUAAAAGUUCCACUAAUCGUUUUGAUAAACCUGUUAAGUAGAAAAAGAACCUCUUGUACAUGUGCACUAUUAAGCUACACAGGUAUACAAUACUCAGCAGUGAGUAAAGAAGGAAAAGAGGGAGAAAGAGGUAUACAAAACUUGACCAUUGGCUACCCAAGAUGUCCCAGUGAGAUGUUGUAUAAUGUUGGCCAUGUUUUUAUCUUAGUUUACAACCUUUUUUAAGUGAGUGUUUAUUGUGUUUAACACUAUCAAAAAGUGUGUUAAAUUUAUAGUAAGUCUGUUUUAGGUGCAAACAAGAUACUUCUGUUUUUGUACUGUUUGGAUUCAGCAUCCAGGUUCUUUAGUCUGUGACGACUAAGAUCAUCUCUAAGGGCCCGAUCUGUUUGCUGAAUGUCUUAAUGUUAAUAUACCAAAGUGAUACUGUCAGCAAAGAUUGUAUUAGGUUCGUAGAUGAGUUUAGGUCAAGGGUUAGUGGUCAGAAGUUUACACAUUAAAAAGUAAAGAGCAAGAACUGUCAAUACUGACUCCUGAAGGAGCCAACAUUGAGUUGCUUGGAGGAAAGGACAAGGCAACAGAUUAUACAAUUUCACUAGAAAAUAUUUUCUCCAUAUUCUGUUAUACGAAGAGACUGUUGUGCAUACGUUUUUAUUUUUAUUUUCCAAUUAGCCCAUUUUCAAUGAAGGUCUAAGAACUAACAGAUGGUUACAACAAUUACAACUAGGUCUGGAACCAGCUUAAUCUAAGAAAUGCUGACAUUGAGAAUUGGUAAUCUGUUAUAGAUUAGUGUUUCCUCCAGUUUAUACUGUAACAUACAUUCAACAGAGCUGCUGGACAUAGCUCUCAACAAGCUCAGGAUUUUAGUGUAGUUUCAAAACAAAUAUAACCUUAGAUCUUUUGAAGGUUGUAGGCAAUUUACCUAUUACCGAUAUUAUAUUAAGAACUGUAAGAAACUGAUUAUUACUUUGCUUCUGGUGUGCUAUGUAGGAAUUCUAGGAAGAUCUCAUCAAGUCUAGCUACCUUAUCAGUUGGCCGGCCAGUGAUGGCCUCUUCUAGGUCCUAAAAAUCUAAAAUGGUCUGGACAUUGUCCAUGGUGCUUCCUGAUUACACUUUAUUUCAUUUAAUUUUUGGGUUAUACACAUAUCAGAUAGUUGACGACCAGCCUUUAAUUUAACUUCCAAUAUGCAAUGGACACGUUACUCAACAAUGGAAAAAGAUGGCAAGCUGUAUUAACAGGGAUUACGCCUUUGUUAAACAACAUAAGUUAGCUCUAAUAAGAAAAUAUAAGUGAUCCUGUAUACUUCAGAAACCUAGGUUCAAAACUAUCAUUUAUUUUAUUUUAAUUAUUUUUCUCAAAAUACCAAUACACAUAGUAUAAUGUAUUUCACAUUUUUAUUUGCAGUUCCACAUUUUUAUUUGUAACAUUGUUAUAAUCCAAAAUAACAUAACUAACUGUUACUUUUCAGCAAAUAUAUGAAACAAGAUAGUUUAAGAAAUGUAGCUAAUUUGUUAUUCUUUCAGAAUUAAAAUAUUUUCAAAGCUUAGUCCUUUCUCCUAUAACUAUGUGUAAUUUUUCCCCAAUAGAUCAUGUUGCUAUAGGAAAUGAAAAAUUACUCUUUUUACUUCUCAUUUAACCUUUUUACAAUAUGUUAACUUAAGGUGAUUAUUUAAAAUGAUUAUGAAUUUUCCACAAAUUUUAUGAACUGGUACAUACGACUGAACUUUAACUUACCAACAUUUACAAACAGUGCAUUUUAAUUUGAUUUAAAAAAAAUACUAGCUCUAACAGAACAAAUUAAAGGGUUAUUUUUCAGUACACUUAGAAAAUUUUAUAGAAAAACAAAAUAUAAGAAAAUAAGAGUUUAUUCACAAAAUUUCAUUCUAUAUACAAAACACCCCUAGAAUGUACAACACAAUGUAAGAAAUCUUACAUCUCUUAAAUUACAAAAAUAUUGGAUCCGUGAGCAAUUGUAUUGUCGGAGCGUUGACAUAGUGCUCGAAGAUCAUUAUCUGAAAAUAUAAACAUGAUAAUAAAUUUACAACAUUUCCCUUUAAAAUAAGUGUUAUGACUAAAUUCUUGUUUUUUAUAAAUCUUUUUUUGUUCUAUAACUCAUUUUUAGUAAUUGGAUCAUAAAAGUGUCAACUGAAGAUGUGGACUAACUGUACUAACUCUAGAGUGUGAUCACAACGUUAAAAGAUUUAUAAACCAAUUAAAUUUUCUUUUUGCAGAUAUAAUGCUAAUACAUUGCAAGAUUUUAUUGUUAUUACACCUGUAUGCAAUAAUUUUAAAUACUCAAAAUUAGGACUGGCUAAUGCAAGAACAUUUACACUAUUAUAAAAAGUAUAUUGUAUACAUUUAGAUCAUUGUUAAUAUUUUCACUUUUUUCCACGCAUGAAUAAAUAUAUCUGAUUGAGGUUUUGAUUGAAAAAGUCUAUCCAGGAUUUCUUUACAUUGUUCUCUUUACUCUAGAUACUUUAUUCAAUUUUAUACUCAUUUUAGUAAUUUAUAGCUACCCCCCUAUUGAGCACUGAUUCUUUGAUUUAUUAUAAAGCACAAUGUAAACUUAUCAGCAUGAUUGAAUAAGAGUUAUGUUAUUACAUCUAAUCCAUUAUAGAAUGUAAGCUGAUUGAAUAAUCACUGGAAGUGUUAAAAUAUAAUAUAUCACUAGCUACAUUAUUCUUUGUUGACAUUCAUAUCAUGAUGUCAUCUGAUGUUAAAUUAAAAUUUGCUUGAUUCAUGCCUUCUUGUUAUAGUUUGAUUUAUAAGUAUAUUGAUUUAAGUAUAUAUAUGUAUCGUUUACUUUAGUUUUCUUUUAUAUGGCCUUCUUUUAUAUGGUUUUCUUUAUUUUAUGGUUAUUCUUUCCUCAGACAGAUAAAAUAACAAUUUAUUAUAAGAAACCUGUUUAGUUACUUUAUUUGUUCCUUUAGAUUGAUAAUAAUUAUUAUGUGUAUAAUCUGUUCCUGUAUAUAUUGUAAAUUGAUGGAAAUAAACUAAUUCAAUGAAUGAAUAUUCAUUCUAGAAUUGUUAUUUAGAGUUGUAAUUUCAUUUUGAACUGUGCUAAAUGUCUGUGAAAACAACAUCUGUAAACGUAAAAAAUGCACACAAAUAAUGCACUCUAUUGUGAAACAAAACGUGUUUUACUCAAUCUAAUACAACCCAAGAUGCAACUUAAUGCAAUUCAAAUAAAAAAUGCAGUUUGAUGCAAAACAAUGAUGCGAUCAAACACAAUAGAGACAAAUGUUGUUCCACUUAAUGUGGCAUAAUCACCCUAAUUCAAACAGAGGAUGUAAUCCACUGUAAUACAAACAAUUAUACAACCUGAUACGAAAUAAUCAAAAGUUGCUACCUGACACAAACAAACAGAGAACCCUCAUCAAGAAGUAUCCUUUACCUGUUCCACAUUGUGUCAAAGGCCGCUUUGUAUGUGCUCUAUUAGUAUACUUUAUUAUUGCCUUAAUAAAUUCAGUUUGAAGUUCAGCUCUGUAAAAAAUCUCUUAUGUAUACAAACAAAACAAAUUAAAAGUUCUAAAAAUUUUGGAAUCCAUCUUUGUUUAUUGGUGAUAUAGAAGUGGACAUAUCUGAUUUAACUGGAUUGCUACGGUUUCUUUUGGACAAUGACAUUGAUUUGGGGUAGGCAGUUGGACAAGAUUUUAGGAAAAUCAGCGAAGCCAAUUUUCAUUUCCCAAUAUCUUGAACAAUAAAACCCUGGUAAAAAGUAUUUACCACUGCCUCUGCUCGAGUCUCACGUGUCUUAUUUGAUAAUCCUCUGAGGAGACGCAACCACAAAUAUCAACACAAUUUUCACCCUAAAAAAAAAUCAGCUAUGUUGGGUUUACUGCCCCCCUAUUCAUUGCAGCAACCGUUGAGACUAUGCCAUGAUUAUUUACAUGAGUGUGCAGUAUUUAUUAAAUCCCAUACUUGUUAAUGCAUGAGCAAGUUAACGAUGCACAUUCAUAUAACACAAAGCAUAGGAGUUAACCCAUUGCGGACAAAAGACACACGCUACACGUCCGACUGUUCAGUGGACCAAGCGCCGAAAGACGUACACUAUGUUUUUUCUGUUCGCCAUUUAGCAAUUAUUGUUUAUUUCGUGCUUAUUUCACUAGAAUGCCAUCAGAUGCUCUCAGUUACAUUUAGUACUACAUUGUUUUUGCAGUAGCAGUCUAAUAUCAGCUGGAAAAUAUCAGCUGUUACUAAUAUGAUCUUCACUUUCAUUUUAAGUUUCGUUUGUAAUAAAUGGUGGUUGAUCGCAAUUUUUGUUUGCAAUGGGCAAUAAAGUGUUCUUCAGAACUUGUUCUUUUUGUUAAUUA